AGCUGGCACAGGGCCUCGCUACCGCCAUUGAGGCUACCGGCUCAGAGUCAUUCGCUACCAUCUACGGUACGCUCACCAACCGAUUAGCGAUGUCUGAGAGAGCCGAGUCGUCCAAAUACUCAAGCAGUACUUCAAUGCGUACCAAGAGCGUCUCCGCGACACCCUCAAGCCGUGGCCGUGACCAGAUGCCUUAUAUCUUUAGACCCCCGGAUAGCCUGGUAUUGGGGCCACUCGGAGACUAUGUGAGCACUCUGAUUGGGAGGGCAAGCGCAGCGAGCAUACACGCGGCAUCGGCUGCGUUAUCCGCUACAACGGCCCGGGCCAGGGACCGUGCACGCAGUAGUUCUACACACUCUAUUGUGGAGACCGAUGUUCGUACCGCCGAGGAUCCGAGACUUGAACACGGAGCGGCACACGAGGGCCUGAGCUAUACAACCGGACAUGGCGGGGCAAACAACGCACAACACAGUCAGCAGCACGAGCCGUCCAGAUCGUCAGUAGGUAUAUCAACCCAGCGCCACACCGUGCGGGAUACAACCCAACAGAAUACGAAAGAUACGAACGGUACAAACGAUCCCAAUCACAGGCGAGUACCGGUGAACCAGUCGCGGGCUGUGGCCGGACGGAAGGGUGUGUCGUUUCAGUCUGUGCACACCAGUGUCAACACAGCGCAUGAGGUGUCUAACUCGGACUUCGAAGUGUACGAUGACGAGGAGGAGGACCGGGGACCGACCAGGGGGCGUAGUUUCUGUUUGGCUGAGAGAAGCUUUGCCGACGCGCAGGAGAAGUCUUUCUACCAGACCUUACAACGCAAGCAACAAUCAGAGAUCCCCAAACACCGUCAACAAGCCGCACCCGCCGUAGAUACCACUACACGGUCGUUCCGAUGUAUCUCUGACUCGCCCCCAUCAUCCCAUGAGAGCGCCUCCAAACGCUCGACCAAUGACAACACCACUGUUAAACAAAGUUCGGGACCUCCCAGCGGCUUGGAAAGCGAUAUCCUAAACACAUCGGCUACACACCAUACCACCCGGAGUUCUCCGACGGAAGGUCAGCCGAGGGAUGGUAUUGAACCUUUGCAUGUUGGUACCCAUCUGCGAGACACCGCAGAGCACACUGGCGCACGCAAUGCUCGCACAUCAGUCGCAGGGUCGGCUGGGAUGGGCGACAGACAGCACGAGGGUACGCAUGUAGUGGGAGUUGAGCGUGAGCGUGAGCGUGAGCGUGAGCGUGAGCGUGAGCGUGAGCGUGAGCGUGAGCGUGAGCGUGAGCGUGGGCGUGGGCGUGGGCGUGGGCGUGAGCGUGAGCGUGAGCGUGAGCGUGAGCGUGAGCGUGAGCGUGCCACUGGUACUGGUGGGCCAGGCAGUACAUCGGCGGUGAAGGGACUAGUCCCGGGUGAUCAGGGCUCGUAUCGACAUACGAGAGAGCGGCUGCGGUCACAUCAGAGUGUUGCGAAUGCGGACCGGGAGAGCGCAGAAGACAGGCACUCGUCGACGGCCCGGGUAUACAAGCCGGUGGUUCACAUAUCUGAUCUGGGUGGUACAAAGGUACACAAGAAUCCGGUACAGCGCCGGGGGAUAGCCAGCAGCGGCGCACACAGAGACGGUGUAGGCCCCCCCACUCGGAAGAAGGUGCCACACAAAGCCACAGACUAUGGAGAACCCCGAGCGCCGCAGCAGGCGUCCAAGGUGUUGGGUGGCAGCUGGAUGGACUGUGAGGACAGCAUCGAGUGGACACAGGUGACGGGGGACCAUGGGCGGUCCACGGGACGGAGUGUGGUGCAAGUCAAGGUCAAUGCGAACGAGAAACAGACCAACUACGAGUGUACUGAGGCCUCGGGGAGUGAGUCCUGUGGCAAAGAUCGGAAUACGUACAACACCGGAGCCAGCCGGUAUGUCAUGGACAGUUUCCGCAGCGGCAGCGUUGCUAAGCAACCAGCUGCCAGCUACAAGGGUCUGAUGAAUAGCGGAGGGAGGCAGAGCACGCUGGAUGGGGCGCCAAAGUCGAGUGCUACAAAUAAUAAUACUCCCGGGCAAGCUCGCCAGUACGAUUCGCCACACAGAGGGAACGAACAGAUCUUGUUAAUACUCGGCGGGGCAGGUGACAGCCGUCUCAAUACAGGCUCACCGACGGGCAAGGAUAGGCCAACGCUGAGGUCGGCUGGAGUGGAUCAUUCCCUGACGGAUUUGUCCCCCAUAUACGCAGCCGGGAAGGGCUCUGUACGGGGUGCGGAAGUGGAGGAUACAAGCCACUGGCCGCCUGAAAACAGAAGUACGCGCGAGAAGAAGGAGGUCAAUCCGUUCACGAAUGGGCAUCUGCGGUGGCCAAACGGUACCGAGCGUUCUGACGCAAAAGGGCGAGCGCAGCCAGAGACCCUAUCGUCCACACUGUCGGGACAACCGGGCCACUCAACUGGCAACACACACUCGAGGGCAAGCGAUACAGCGCACAGUGAGGGCACACGUCUGCAUACGGAGAUGCACACGCCAGCUAGACCGAGCGAGAGAGAGACGGCUCACGCACGAGAAGACAAGACACCCGCACCCCGUGCAGGCCACAGUCUACGCCGCCUAUCGCGUUCCGCGGACAGGCCGAUAACCGAGCACAGGCUGCGGGACAAUGCAGAACCGGACAGAGAGUUUGAAAAGGCGGCAGUGGUGGGUACAGGUUCGCACGUGAAGUCCAGACGUUCAGCAACCACUACAACCAGUCCGGAGAUGCGAAGCACUCAACCCGAGGCUCGGCCCCAGGGGUCACUGUGGCGAAGUGGACAGUCGGGACGACACGGUGAUGCUGACGCAGACAUCAAUGUUGUGCUGACACCACUGGUGAAGGCCACUACCAUCGGAUCAUACUCGGACAGGCGCGUGGUAGCAGAGGUAGGCUGUCAGGCAAGGAAUGGGAUGAUGAGACGUGGUCCGGAGGGGUAUCUGGAAGGGGAAGGUGUGUUGGAUACGUCGUUCACUAAUACUCCGAUGCCGGUGAGCGCCUUAUUCCCCGGUAGUACAGGCAGGCACACACUCCGUGAACAAGGACGGGAGAAGCAGAUAUGCAUGCCUGUAUCAGAGCCGCAUGUUUCUGCGCAACACACACAGUCCACUGAACUCAGCCGGAGAGCAGAGGGCUAUGCUCGGGGCUCGGCUAUGGGGUGGUCUACCUCUAAACCGUCUCUGUAUAAGGAUGAUAGGUAUAAGAGGGGACCUGCUGUGGCGGACGUGUACGCGAACAAGGAAAACACCCCCAACCAUCCAAAUACAGCAUCCAAUCAGCUUUCGAGAAGCUCCUCUGGUAAGCAUGAGUAUCACACAGGUGUCCUGGAGACGCCACGGAAUGACGCGGGUGGGAUGGUAGCGAGGCCUUCGGUCGUGCACACACCAGCGUCUGCAGGGAGACAGAGUAUGCCCACAACAGACUCACAAACGCCGGUGAUCUUUACGUAUAAGUAGGGGAACUCGCGUAUGCGAGCAAUCAGAACACGGUGCAGAUAUCAGCAUAGACCAUGCCGUCCAAUCAAUUGUCGAGAAUGUUAUCUGGUACGAACGCACAUGCAUUCAGGAGACGCCUCGGGGUAGAGAGGGCGAGUUUGUAGGCCAAAGCAGCUAGAUAGGCACACAACGGGCUGGCUCGCAAAUGCCGAGGGUAUCUACGAGUGGACUCGAUGCAUAGAUGUGGGUGCACGCGCUGGCUCGUUGUGUCUGUAUAGUACACAAGCAGUCGAAUGCACGCCACCAGAACACAUUAGACUACGCUGGCGGCUUGACUAUUGAAUGGCGUACUUCGACGAUUUUUGUAUCUGCGGAGGAUAGGUACAGAUAGGAAGUUGUUUGUUGCCACUACAGACGCUAGUGACGAGUGGCCACGUAGGUAUCAGCUAUGGCAUUUGAAUUCCUGUCGAGGAUGUCUGUGGCUCAAUGCCACAAAUCGCAUCAGAGUUGUCCCUCGGGACCUACGGCAGUGGUUUUCAGCUGAGAAUUGAAGUUACAGAUACACCGGCAAUUGCACGUGGUCCGGAAUCACGAGCGAAUGACUCACUAAUAUAUCUGAUCUGGACAUCACAUCAGGCUGUGGAGCUACGAACAUGCAAACAAACAGAAACUGGUUGUGUAUGCUUUGACCUGUCAGUUGUACUGGCACAAGGGGUCUGCCAAGCACUCGUAAGACGAUCUGUUUGGUAAAGUUUUAGAGAGAGGGGGGG